AAAAAAAGGGGAGUAAAAAUCAGACGAGUGUUUGCAUAUAAAUGCAUAGGACCUUAUGCCUUUCUUUGACAUUCAAGAGUUCCUAAAGAACAAGUUUAGAUCAAAAGAAUGGCUGAAAAGCUAGCCAGCAUGCAAGGAGUAGUACAGAACAUGAACAUUCCACAGACAGAGACACACAGGAAAGGAGCGGGAUUUAUUCCGGUAGGACGUUGGGGAAAACAAAGCGGAGGUCCUCAGAAUGAGUGGUCUUUUCAACUUGAGCAAGGCCAGAAGCUGAAAAAAAUAAGCAUUGAUCAUGGUGAUGAUGUAAUAUACUCUCUUAUGUUCACCACUGAAUCUGCUGGAGGUGUAUUGAACACUUCUAACAAAUUUGGAGGCUGGAAUGGAGGUCAAACAGUUUCUGAGGUCACGUUUGACUCGGAUGAGGAAAUAGUUGGAAUUAAAGGAAGCAUUGGUACAAAAGCCCAGUAUACAAUAAUUUCUUCACUCUCUUUUGUAACGAACAAGACCACCCAUGGACCUUUUGGUGGAGCAACCAGUUCUGAGUUCUCCUUACCUUGGGAGAAUGGCUCGUUAGUUGGAUUUUACGGCCUUGCUGGCUAUUAUAUUGAUGGCAUUGGUGUCUAUUUGAGACAACUCUUGAAAAUCGGAACAUGGGGAAAAACUCUUCCUGCAGGUCCGCAAAAUAAUUGGUCUUUCAAACUUGAGCCAACUUAUCACUUGACGAAGAUAACCAUUGACCAUGGCGAUCUCAUAUACUCUCUGAUGUUCACCGCACAACACGGAGAGUUGACAUACACUUCUGAAAAGAUGGGUGGUUUGAAUGGUGGAGAAAAAGUUUCUGAGAUAACUUUUGAUGGGGACGAAGAAAUUAAUGGUAUUAGUGGCACAAUUGCAUUAUCAAGAGGAACUUAUGCAGGUCACACAGUAAUUUCAUCAAUAUCGUUCAUGACCAACAAAAAAACCCAUGGGCCAUUUGGUGACGUAAGAGGAGCGCCUUUUACAGUACCAUGGGAUGAUGGUUCAUUUGCUGGAUUUUACGGCCUUGCAGGUUAUUAUAUUGAUAGUAUCGGUGUCUAUUUGAAGGCUACAAACCGUGAAGCAGGUAGCGGCUACUAGCCGUUGGAAAAAAAAAAAAAAAAAAAAAGCCUGGCCGGUUCAAGUUCUGCUGGAAAUAUGGGAUCGUGAGUCUUUGGUCAUUUCGUUUUGAAAAUAAAUGAAGUUUGUUGUGUCUUGUCUGUUUGGAAAUCUGUACCGGUUUAUUGUCGCCUAUUUAAGCUUUGUAAUGUGAUGAA